ACGAGCAGACGCCCCGCGCAGCACAAGGACGGACGACCACGCGACGCUCGUCUGUCCCGCGGCCUCUACAACCGGCGCGCAGUAUUCGCGUUCAUCUCGUUCACAUUCACUAAACAUUAGGGAUACGGAAAUUUCGCGCAUUCAUUCAGUCUCAAGUUAGAAUGCAAACCAUUACACACUAGCAAUGUGUUCAUGAUUGGACAGCAGUUAUUUGGACACGCCCCCUCUGCAACCGUGAGCUAACGAUGCCCAGCUAGGAAAGAAGUAAGCGAAUCAGAUGGAGAUCCUGCAGGCGAUGGCGACCCCGGAGACCAGCUGCCCGCAGCCCGACCCCCGGCCGCUGCCGACCCCCCUGCUGCGCCAGGUCACCACCCCGGCCUUCUCCAUGCUGCCCAAGACCGCGCCCGUCGACAUCCGCUUCCAGGACCUGCGCUUCUCCGUGCCGCAGGGCUGCCGCAAGGGCAGGAAGGUGAUCCUGCACGACAUAUGCGGGAGGUUCCUGCCGAGUCAGCUGAUCGCUAUCAUGGGGCCCUCGGGCGCGGGGAAGUCCACCCUCAUGGACAUACUCUCCGGCUACAGGAUCUCCGGCGUGUCGGGCGUGGUGGCGGUGGACGGCAAGGAGCGCGACCUGGACGAGUUCCGGCGCCAGUCCUGCUACAUCACGCAGGACGACCGCCUGCAGGCGCUGCUCACCGUGCAGGAGAACAUGCGCGCCGCCGCCGACCUCAAGCUACACGUGUCCGUGUCGGCCUUCCAGAAGAACCAGAUCAUCAACGAAAUACUGUCCACGCUAGGCCUGUCUUCCAGUCGGAACACGAGGGCCGGUGACCUGUCCGGCGGUCAGAAGAAGAGGCUGUCCAUCGCGUUGGAGUUGGUCAACAACCCGCUGGUUAUGUUCCUGGACGAACCCACCACGGGCCUGGACAGCAGCUCGUGCUCGCAGUGCGUGAAGCUGCUGAAGAUCCUGGCGCGCCAGGGCCGCACCAUCGUGUGCACCAUCCACCAGCCGAGCGCCAGCCUGUUCCAGCAGUUCGACCACGUGUACGUGCUGUCGCAGGGGAGGUGCGCGUACCAGGGCUCCACGGGCCGCCUGGUGCCCUACCUCGCCGCCGUCGACCUGCCGUGCCCGCUCUACCACAACCCCGCCGACUAUGUGAUCGAGCUGGCAUCGGCGGACUACGGCCCCGACAAGGUGGCGCUGAUGGUGGAGGGGUCGGGGAACGGCCGCAGCCUGCAGUGGUUCGAGGACGGCGAGACCCUGGCGCUGCUACCGAGCUCCACGCAGCCCGUCGCGAGGAAGAGCAGGCGCGCCGGCAGCCUCAUGCGCAGGGCGUCUACGACCAUCCCAGAGAAGUUCCGCGAGAUCACGCAGAAGAAGAAGAAGUGUCCGGGCAACCUGCAAGAGACGUCGACCUGGAACCAGAUCAAAGUCCUCCUCCACCGGGGGUACCUCAAGAUAAUCAGAGACACGACGCUGACCCACAUGCGGCUGAUCGUGAACGCCAUGGUGGGGCUGAUGCUGGGCGUGCUCUUCUUCCGGCUGGGCAACGACGGCUCGCGCACCCUCCAGAACUACAACCUCAUCUUCUCCGUGCUGGUGCACCAGAUGAGCACCAACAUGAUGCUGUCCAUCCUCACCUUCCCAACUGAGAUGUCCUCCCUCAUCAAAGAACACUUCAACAGAUGGUAUUCUCUGAAAUCGUUUUACUUGUCGAUAACGAUUUCGGACCUGCCAGUGUGUAUCUUGAGCUGCACGCUGUUCAGUGUGAUCGUCUACUUCAUGACCGGACAGCCCACGGAUCUGACCAGGCUGGCCAUGUUCCUCACCAUCAGCCAACUGAACACGCUGAUCUCGCAGACCAUCGGGCUCAUGAUCGGGGCUAUUUUUAACAUCACGAACGGCACGUUCAUCGGGCCGACGCUGACGGUGCCGCUGAUGAUGUUCAGCGGGUUCAGCGUGAACCUGCGCGACAUGCCCGCCUACCUGUACUGGGGCACGUACGUGUCGUACCUGCGGUUCGCGCUGGAGGGCAUGGUGGGCGCCGUGUACGGCAUGGACCGCCAGCUGCUCGACUGCCCUCUGGAGCUCGACGACUCGGGCGCGCUCUUCAGCUACUGCCACUACCGCCACCCCACCAAGAUGCUGCACGAGGUGGCACUGAGGGGUGACCAGUUCUGGUUCAACACCGGGGUCCUCUGUGGCAUGUACCUGGUCGGUCGCGUCGCCGCCUACCUGCUGCUGCGGUGGAAGCUCAGCAUGGUGCGGUGAUGGACCUCCAACCUCACCCAACCUCACCGAUGAACGACGUCGAGGGAGGGAGUGGUGGUGCAACGACCUGGACACCUACGUCGAUCCUGUGUCACAUGGUCCGCUCUCGUCCGCAGUUGCGGUGGUCCUGUCUCUCGACAAGUCCACCGACUCCUCGACGACCCGUUAGGAACAUGGGAACACUUACAUUAACCGCUUCAGCUCCUUGUCCUUCCAAAAUAAAUCGCUUAAGAUAUCCUA